AUUCGUGGUAUCGCACUUGCGGUCUCUGAUGACUUCAACACUGUUAAUGGUACGUUGACGAUCUUUGGGGGACAAGUGUCUAUAAGUAUGUAAGGCAUGCCUUCCUUCGUUGUGCAUCAGACAGCGGCUUCAAUCUCCUGAAAAGAGAAACCAAAGAUCACAAUACCUACAUCUCUUUCUAAUUUCCCUCAACUAUCCCAUAAACCUCUCUUUCCGGAUCAAUCUUUCCCACUUUUCAAUAUGUCAGAACCUUACGCCAAUUGCACCUCAGUCUCUCCUGAGUGUCCUGUCGACGGAACCAUUUAUGGCUAUACUCCAAAUCUCGCAGCAAAUGCAUUCUUCUGCGCAUUCUUUGGGCUCUUCCUCGCAGCAAAUGUUCUCCUCCCUUUCAAAUACAAGACAUGGACCUUCGGUAUCAUCGUCUGUUUCGGUGCCUUUGCUGAGACCGUCGGCUACGUCGGUCGAAUCAUAAUGCACAGCAAUCCAUGGAACAACGCAGGCUUCGAGAUGCAAAUCUGCUGUCUGAUUAUCGCUCCCUCAUUCUUCGCCGCCGCCCUCUAUCUCACACUGAAAGACAUGGUCCGAGCCAUCGGUCCUCAGUUUUCGCCCAUCAAACCGCCGCUCUACCCAUGGAUCUUCAUCAGCUGCGAUCUCUUGUCUCUCAUUCUGCAAGGCGCUGGAGGUGGAACUGCUGCUUCGGCCAAUACCCCAAGUACCUCUGCGGAUGGUGGACAUAUCAUGUUGGCUGGUAUCGUGUUCCAGGUUGCGACCUUCACGUUCCUUUACACGCUUCUCAUCCUCUUUAUCCGCAACCUUCGCGCAAACCAUCACACGAUGACUGAGGCUCAGCUCUCUGUUCUGCACUCCAAGAACUUCAGAGUCUUUGCUUGGGGCAUAUUCAUUGCUUCUGCUGGUAUCUACGUCCGAUGCAUCUAUCGAAUUGCGGAGCUUGCUGGCGGCUGGAAGAAUAAGAUCAUGCAGGAUGAAGUCAGCUUCUAUGUUCUGGAUGGAGCGAUGUGUUGUAUUGCUGUUGCAGCAUUGACCUUUGCUUAUCCUGGCAUUUGGUUCAAGCCGAUUGUCGAAGCGCCGUUGCAAGAGAAGAAGUUGGCAAGUGAUUCCGAUGAUGGGGUGGUUAGAGGUGCCCAAGUUUGAGCGAUUCUUCGCUCUGCAUGGUGGGGUUGUGAAUUCAGAUGAGGACUCAGGAGGUGGUGAUUGAAGAAAGAGCAUUGAAAUGUUUGCACGUGUCAUAUCAUAUAAAUUGAUCUGGUGUUAGGUGUUGGGUCGAGACUUCUCGAUAUGGCGAAACGCAUUUGGAGUUGGAGGAAGGAGCAG